AAUAUAUCCUCGCAAGCUUCCUGGUUAGGUUUUUGUCAAACCCUUUUCGCCAAUCGGGAAAUUAAUUAAACAAGAAGAUGGUGAGGGGCAAAACUCAGAUGAAGAGAAUAGAGAAUGCAACAAGCAGACAAGUGACUUUCUCUAAACGAAGGAAUGGUUUGUUGAAGAAAGCCUUUGAGCUCUCAGUGCUUUGUGAUGCUGAAGUUUCUCUUAUCAUCUUCUCUCCCAAAGGCAAACUUUAUGAAUUCGCCAGCUCCAAUAUGCAAGAUACCAUAGAUCGUUAUCUGAGGCAUACUAAGGAUCGAGUCAGCACCAAACCGGUUUCUGAAGAAAAUAUGCAGCAUUUGAAAUAUGAAGCAGCAAACAUGAUGAAGAAAAUUGAACAACUCGAAGCUUCUAAACGUAAACUCUUGGGAGAAGGCAUAGGAACAUGCUCGAUCGAGGAGCUGCAACAGAUUGAGCAUCAGCUUGAGAAAAGUGUCAAAUGUAUUCGAGCAAGAAAGACUCAAGUGUUUAAGGAACAAAUUGAGCAGCUCAAGCAAAAGGAGAAAGCUCUAGCUGCAGAAAACGAGAAGCUCUCUGAAAAGUGGGGAUCUCAUGAAAUCGAAGUUUGGUCGAAUAAGAAUCCAGAAAGUACUGGAAGAGGUGAUGAAGAGAGUAGCCCAAGUUCUGAAGUAGAGACGCAAUUGCAAUUGUUCAUUGGGUUACCUUGUUCUUCAAGAAAGUGAUUCACUCAACAAACAAAACAAAAAACUAAGUAAAAACAGGUUUAGCAG